UGUACCUAUGUGUGUGUGUGUGUGUGUGUGAGGGCCAGUUGUGUGAAGCCCAAAUGGAGAGAAAAGCUGCUGGCUGGCUGGCUGUUAAAUAAAGCAGCGUGCCAGAAGAGAAGGAAUGAGAGAGAGACAGACAGACAGACAGAGAGAGAGAGAGAGAGAGAGAGAGAGACGGGGGGGAGAGAAGGGAGGCAGGGCAGUGAGGGAGAGGAAAGAGCGAGAGAUUUAUUUCCACAGCUGAGCUCUUCCCUGUGAAUGGAUCUAGAAGAAUCAGUCAGUCAGUCAGCCAGCCAGUCAGUCAGCCAGCAAGUCAGACAAAAUACAAAAUAACGAGUGCGGUAUUAGAAGGAGAGAACCAAACGGGGAAGCACCUUAAAGGGAGACAGAGGUGAAGCAGCGACAGCAGGGAGAAAGCGAAGUGUCCCGGCCGGAGUGUCGUCAUGGAUACCUUGGCUCUAGAGGCGUCCAGCCCCAAGAAGAACGGGGGCCCGGCGCCUGGCCCGGCGCAGGCCGCGGCCCCCAGCAAACGCAAGCCUGCCAAGAAAACUAAGAAAGCUGUUGUGUUCUUUGAGGUGGAGAUCCUGGAUGCCAAGACCAAGGACAAGCUCUGCUUCCUGGACAAGGUAGAGCCAAAUGCCACAAUCGGGGAGAUCAAGUCCAUGUUCCACAAGAGCCAUCCAGAGUGGUACCCUGCAAGACAGUCCAUCCGCCUGGACUCCAAGGGGAAGUCUUUAAAGGAUGAGGACGUCCUCCAGCACCUCCCGGUGGGAACCACGGCAACCUUCUACUUCAGAGACCUGGGAGCCCAGAUCAGCUGGGUCACUGUGUUCCUGACCGAGUACGCUGGUCCCCUCCUCCUCUAUCUCAUGUUCUACUUCCGGGUUCCCUUCAUCUACGCCCCCAAAUACGACUUUACCACCAGCAAACACUGGGUCGUGCACCUGGCCUGUAUGUGUCACUCCUUCCACUAUGUGAAGAGACUACUGGAGACUCUGUUUGUCCAUCGCUUCUCCCACGGAACCAUGCCGCUACGCAACAUCUUCAAGAACUGUACAUACUACUGGGGCUUUGCUGCUUGGAUGGCUUACUACAUCAACCAUCCCUUAUACACACCUCCUAUAUACGGUGAACAGCAAGUGAGGAUGGCCCUCAUCAUCUUCCUGUUCUGUCAGAUCGGCAACUUCUCGAUCCACAUCGCCCUCCGCAACCUGCGCCCGCCAGGCUCCAAGACCAGGAAGAUCCCGUACCCCACCAAGAACCCCUUCACCUGGGUGUUCCUGCUGGUCUCCUGCCCCAACUACACCUACGAGCUGGGGUCGUGGCUGGGCUUCACGGUGAUGACCCAGUGUGCUCCCGUGGCUUUCUUCACCCUGGUGGGCUUCAUCCAGAUGACCGUGUGGGCCAAGGGCAAGCACCGCAGUUACCUCAAGGAGUUCAGAGACUACCCCUCCCUCCGCUCCCCUAUCGUCCCCUUCAUCCUCUAACUACCCCUCCCUCCCUCAUCCUCUAACUAUCCCUCCCUCCCUCAUCCUCUAACUACCCCUCCCUUCCCCAUUCAUCCUCUAACUACCCCUCCCUCCUCCCUUCAUCCAACAACUACCCCUCCCUCAUCCUCUACCCCUCCCUCCCUCCGCUCUCCCUCCACCCUCCCCUUAACCCCGUUCUGCGAUGCUCUCCCCUCCUCCAGCCCCUCAGCUUUACGCUACACUGGAUUCAGUUGCAUUGUGAGACCCCAUGGAACCCAUUCAUUCAAAAUUGGAAUGUUGACAAACAGUUUGGCUGUUCCAUCCUUGGAACUUUAAUUUUGUUGGUGUAAUUUAUUAAUAAAAAGGUUAACCAAAA